AUGUCCCUGCCUGCGAUUUUACCAGACACAGAUCCCAAUGUGUCAUUGACAACCUCGAUUGCAAAGGAAAUUCUCAAGAAUGCACUCGAAAAAGCAUGUUUUGCUGUUCAAUGUGAUGCUGCUGGUGAAGUCAAUGGUGCAAGGGAUGCUUACAUUGAGGCACUUGCCCUCCUUGUCUGUGUAUUGCCAACAGUCAGUGGUGACCGUGACCGUGCACGACUUCAGAUAAUUUAUGACUUAUAUCUCGCUCGCCUCGAGUUAUUACAAACAGCAAUUGGUCCAACAUCUGAUGAAAACCGAUUGAGUUGGGUAACACUUCCGGAAGAUGACCAGCCAAAUCAACAGAAUACAACAGCAGAACCUUUGGCUCAGUCAGAACAACCAAUAUUGCCACUAGUAGACCUUGUUCAGACAAGAUGGGCUCGUCAGGGAUCUAUAAGUCAGCCUCCAAUCAGUCCGCAACCCACCACAACCACAGCGACCACAACAACUACUUCCACAACUUCCACUUCCACAUCAAGGUCCAUGUCAAUGUCAACCUCAAUGUCAACAUCGAUUUCCAUCUCAGAAACCUGCAAAGACCUCAAAUUGAUGUUUGCACUCGAAAAGAGUAUCCUUCACGGAGAAUUUAUUAGCGAAAAGCUAUUUCUACCAAAGGCAAUCUGGACACAGCCCAAUGUCCGGCUCUCUUCUCUUGACACAAAGAUCGCCACCUGUGAAACCCUGUUCUGGAACCUUACUCGGCUCGAGGCAGUCUCGGAUCAUUCGAAUCCCACUCAAAGCGUACGUCUGUUGGGCGCACUCGAGGAAUGGCUUAAGAUCCUUCAGGCAAAACUUCCCAAGAAGCUCAGAGAAAAGGCCAAAAAGGAGUGUGGCGAGACUUCAAAGACUCGUAAGCGCCAAUCGAUUGUGUCCUGGAGUAGUCAUCGGCUCAGUAGAUCAAUGGCAAAAGUCAAUGAUACUUUUAGUCUAACAUCAUCAGAAACCCAAUACCAAGUCUAUAUUGCAUCCCUUACUCGCCUAUUUGACAAGAUGCACAUCCUAGAACAAUGGUAUAAUCAUUAUUCAAGUCAAACACAGACAAGGGUGAUUGAAAAGGCCCUAGAAAGACUGCGCAGAAUAUGCACACUCCUUGGCCUUAUCACAGCUGGCUUUGUUCUCCGGGAUGUAUCAGUCUUGCUCGGAAAAUGGUUACAGUCUGUAGAAAGUCCAGAACAAGAUUAUCAACAAUCUGAAUGAUUUUUAUAUAUAUAUAUACUGGAAUAUUACUACACAGCACCUGUGUCUGUGUCAGUGUCAGUGUCUGUGUCUGUGUGUGUGUGUAGUAGAGAAUUUUCUCUUUUUUUGUUUUUUUGUUUUUUUUUUAUAUUUUGAAUAAACCUAUAAUAAUAUAACUCGCAUUUAAUUAUCUUUUUUUUUGGCGCCUAUUGAACCACAAGUCCCCCGUCCUGAUCUAGUAGCUCGGUAUAAUCCACAGACUCAUUGAUAACAGAAGCAACUGAUCCUGAAGACCGUCUGCGAGAUCCCUUGAGUUCACUCUCUGUCAUAAAGGGGACCAUCAAAUGCCCACUUGCGUCCUGCUGCGCACUAGAUGACUCCAGAAUAACCUCCUCGUCGGAUCUUAGCGAGCCUCCACCACUUCUACUUGCACUUCCUC